AUGGUAGAUGGCAAAAAAUGUGGCGGUUCUUCAACAUCUGAACUUUCUUCUCCCACUCCUAAAACAGAUGAUCAAGCAUCAGAGAGUGUCACUCCUAAGAAAGCCGAUCAAACAUCAGAGAGUGACACUCCUAAAACAAUUGAUAAAACUUCAGAGAGUGUCACUACUACUUCUAAAACAACUGAUAAACCAACCGAGAGUGGUACUUCUACCACGAGAGAUUAUCCCAUGAAUCCGUGUAUAGAUGAUGCAGAAAAGGUUCCCGGUGAAGAUCCAAAGGGAGAAGGCGAAAAAGAGAGUGAUUGUUUAACAACUGAUAAACCACCACCAGAGAGUGUCACUCCUAAAACAACUGAUAAACCACCACAGGAGCAACUCAGUUCUGAAACAGUUGAUAAACCACCUGAGAAUUCCACUCCUUCGACAUCUGAUAAACACCCUGACGAUGUCACUCCUGCAACAUCUGAUAAACGGCCCGAGAAUGUUUCUCCUGCAACAUCUGAUCAACGGCCCGAGAAUGUUUCUCCUGCAACAUCUGAUAAACCGCCCGAGAAUGUUUCUCCUGCAACAUCUGAUAAACCGCCCGAGAAUGUUUCUCCUGCUACAACUACAAAAUCACCAGAGAAUGUCGUUGCUGCAACAUCUGAUACAUGA